GGCGGUGUGUUUUCUUUCUUUCUUCCUCCUCCUUCUUCCAUUUAUCGCCCCAAUCGAUUUUGUGUGUUUUUCCAAUUUCUAAUUUCCUACUCUUUCCCAAUGGCGUCGUCUGGAUCAGCCAAUGAGGAUUUCCAAUCCCGCGUUGCGAAGAUCUUCGGGUCUCUCGCCUUCUCUCGUCCCUCUUCCUCUUCCUCUUCUUCUUCCAAGUUUUCUACGACUUCUGCUCCGGCGGCGUCGCGGCAGCUUCCCGGGUCGGUGUGGACUCUCUCCGACACAGAAGUUGAGAAACGGGAGUGGAAUCGAGAUUCGUACGAUAGGGAUGAGAUUCCUUGUGCGUCAUCGUUCGACGCGAUUUUGAGACAGCAGAGGAUCUCCCCUAGCACUGCAGAGGAUGAUCUUAAGGAUAUUGAUGGCGCCGAGGAUUUUGAUGAUGUCUGGAGCAUUAGAGCGUCCAUGGGACUUGACCGCACUCUCGAUGACGAGGCAGAGGAAGACGAGUAUGAUAAAGUCGCACUAGGGACAGAGAAUGACGUUGAAGACUUGUCUCUAAAAGAUUCUCUUUCGAAAUUGUCUGGCGGACGGACUCGGGAUCCUCGUGCUAACUAUGUUGCUGCGAAAAUGAGGCUGAAGGAAGACGAAAUGGAGGCCAACAAACUUAAAGCUUGUGCCAAUCAACCCUCGAAAAGCAAAGAGUCACACGUAGAAGAAUCAUCCAAAGCUGUGCCACCGAAACCUAUUCUCAAAAGAAAGGAGACUAGUUCAGAUUCAGAAGCAAGGACAAGUAAGCGAGUCAGGUUUGAUUCUCUCUUGGAAGAAACAGUAAAGAAGCCUGAAGAUGCUUGUUCGGCUUCUACCUCUUCAAAAAGCAUAUCUCAUCAGAGUAAAACUGGUGCUCGGGUACCGGAUUACUUGCUAAAUCCUUCGAAGUACACCCGUUACACCUUUGACCCAUCUUGUGAAUUGAUUGAUAAGUCCCCAACAGGAGAGUACAUGGACAUUCCCAAGGCUGUAGAAGGAUCAACAGAUUCAGAAUCAUUCAAGAAAGUUUCCUUCAUUCCACAGAAGAAGACCAAGGACGUAAGAGAAGACAGUAGUAACUGUAGUGAGACAAAGCCUAUUGUAGCUGGAGAGUUAGCAGAAGCUGAGAAACCAAGUGCAACAGAAGAUGGGGUUACUGAAAUAGGAGACUUAGAGAGCUCCACCAGUUUCCAAAGGAAUGGCCGUCAAUACCGUGCCAAGCAAAGUGUAGAUGAAACAGUUGUCUGAACAAUUCGGUUGAAAACACUACGCGGAGAUGAAGUUGGUGUCCAUGAGAUACAAACAUGUAGCAUCUUUUAGCAGCACAUGUAAGAUAUUUUUUAAUUCCUAGACUUCUUUAGCAAACUUAUGGUAACAUAGUAAGAAACAGUUUGCCUUCGAGACUGUUUAAUAGAGACUUAAGCUACCUUAACUUCCUGCUGGAAGCUAUCUUGAUAGAUCGCCAGAGAUGUUGCCACAAGUUUGGUUUCAACACUAGUGAACCGUUUUUGGGAAGAUUCCAGGGUUAAAGAAAGACAUCCUUGUGAGCACGAGGACUGCAAUCUACUUGUGGAUGAGAGAUUGCUUUCAUAGAGAGAGCCUCCUUUUGAUGACACAGGGAAAAUAAAGACAUGUAAAAAUAUACUUGGAAUAUGGAACUAAUGAGCAGGUAGAAGUCUAUUGAUGCUGAGAGAGAAGGUUGCCUCUCUUUUUUUGUUUACUUUUGAUUCAGUUCAACAAGUUUAAGAUAGAAAAAAAACAUGGGUUCCAUUUGUUUGCUU